UGUGUGCCACAAUGCUAUGCUGCUGCAGGGAAGGGUUUGGUCUUUUUGUGAUAUGAUUUUCAUUUUCUUUUGACAGACACAUUUAAUAAUCACAGUUUAACAUCCAGCAGUACCUCAAAAACUUGCCUAGAAAAGUGAUGGCUGAUAACAACUCACUGGUUGGUGGUGAGUUCUUGCUGCAGCAGAUCAAUGGCCGGGUCAUUGCUGUGCAGGUCCUGGUGAUGAUUUUUCUUUGCAUCAACAUUUUUCUUAUCAUAACCUUUUUUAAAAAGGAGUGCUUCUACACAACUGCACGCUACAUCUUAUUUGCUAUUACACUACUCUCUGAUAGCUUGAUAUUAAUCAUGUCUGAUGUUCUGCUCAUCUUGAGUUAUUUUCAGUUUACAAUGCAAGUUUGGUUAUGUAUAAUUAUCUCUCUUGUAGUAUUUCUGUAUGCUACAGUCACACCAGUUACUCUGACUGCAAUGACCCUGGAGCGCUAUGUGGCCAUUUGCAUGCCCCUGCGCCAUGGACAGCUGUGCUCCACAGGCAGCACUAUGCAUUGCAUCCUCAUCAUACAUGGCCUCAGCUCUGUUCCCUGCAUUAUUGUUCUCUCCACCUUCUUUGCAUCAGCCCCUCUUAGCUUGUACAAACAAUACAGGGGAUGCUCUGUGGAGAUGUUUAUUUUGUACAGAUGGCAGGAUCAUAUUCGGUCAGCUGUAUCUCAGUUUUACUUCUUGAUUAUGUGUAUCAUCAUUGUAUUCUCCUAUGUUAAAAUAAUGACAGUGGCCAAAGCUGCAUCAGGAGAGAAUAAAAAGUCAACAUGGAAAGGGCUCAGAACAGUAAUUCUUCAUGCUUUCCAGCUGCUGCUCUGUCUCAUCCAGCUGUGGUGUCCAUUCAUAGAAACUGCUGUCCUUCAGAUUAAUUUUAUGCUGUUUAUUCAAGUAAGGUACUUUAACUACAUAAUGUUUAGUCUUGCUCCAAGAUGUCUGAGUCCUCUCAUUUAUGGCCUCAGAGAUGAAAAGUUUUAUCUUGAGCUGAAAAGCUAUGUCUUCUUUGGCUUGUAUAAAAAAAAAAAAUGUUCGAGAAAUUAAAUCAAUUGGCUUUUCAACAGAAGAAUUGCACAAAGCAUGUAACUUAUUUACUAAAAUAAUUCUAUUAAAACUUAUAAAUUACUGAGCAUAGCUCUGGUUUCACUUUCUCAGUAGCUAAGAUUUAGACGCAUGUUUUAAAAAUGUUCUACUUCUAAGUCUGAGACCCCUGAGGCAUUUUUACCCAAUAACAAUUUAUAACAUGUAGCCUACUGAUAAUAAAUAGUCCUAUGCCUCAAAUUUGUUACCUAUGCCUAUACUAAAAGUUUUUUAUUGCUUUGUUUGGACCCAGUGUUUAUUUGCUUUUCAUAUCAGUGACAAUGACAUAAAUGUAUGUUUAGAGAAAUUUAUACAGAAAAAAAGCCUCUGCCGACAUUCACCCCCUACACUGUUGAAAAGAGCAACAGCAAGUUUAAAAUGUUAAAUAUGCUGCAAAUUGAUAUGGGGUCUUGAGUUUUGGGGCUGCCAAAACCAGAAUCUAGGAACUUAGAAUGUCACCAGUUCUGGUGCAGGAGGUGGAGCGGUACCAGCUGGAUAUAGUUGGGCCCACAUCUAUGCAUAGCAUCAGCUCUGGAACCAAACUCCUGGAAAAGGGCUGGACUGCCUUCGUUUCUGGAGUUGCCCAGGACAGACACUGUGCAGGUGUGCGGAUACUCAAGAGCCCUUGACCGAGGGCUUUACUUCUUAAUCAUGUUUGUUUCCAUCAUAUUAUCCUAAUUUAAAAUAAUGAACCCCUCCGAGGACUGGACGGUGAGAGCAGUUUGGGUGCCCCUAUGAGCCUGAGAUCUGCGUUGUUGGCUGAGAUGAGAUUGCCAACAGAUUGUUACAUACAUUUUAUGUCUUCUAAACUCUAAAUGCUAUUAUUAAGAUAUAUAUAUAUAUAUACCCAGUGUUUAUUUGCUUUUCAUAUCAGUGACAAUGACAUAAAUGUAUGUUUGGAGAAAUUUAUACAGAAAAAAAGCCUUCACCGACAUUCAGCCCCCCCCAUUCUUGCCGCUUUGAAAAACAUAAAUAAAUACAUAAAAUAUUUUCUUGGUUGUAAUAAAGUAAAAAAAAAGGACCUUGGUUUUUUAUACCAGAUUGAGAGCUGAGCUAUCAUCCAGAAACAAAACUUAGUAGACAUGGUAUGUGAACCCCAACAAUAUUUCAUACUACACACAGUCCCUUUACGCCAAAAAUGCUUAAUAUCAGAACACUUUAAAACAAGUGUAUAUACCUGUAUGUGGUUGCUGAAAGAUAUUUCUGAAUCAUUUUAUCUUGUAAAAAUUGGUGAUUGUAACUCCAUUAUGUUAAAUAAUUAUUUGGCCAUACCCUCUUCUAAUCAAUAGUCUCUCCAUACUAAAUAUAACUAAUAAAUCUGUUUUCCAUUCAUCUAUUUAACUUAUAUACAAUACCCAUGCAAUUUCUGUUGCUUCUUUCUAAACAUAUAAAAUGUAAGGCCAGAGUGACAGUGUGAUGACAGUAAAAGUGGGUAAUUCCAGGGUAUUCUAUUAUAUCUGAAAGGUAAUGUAUCCAACAGGUUUUCCACUCAAAAAUAUAUUAGGUUUAUAUCCAAUUCAUAA